CUCUCUCUCUACUUUUUCUCUCUCUGAUCUAACUUCGGUUUCCGGGAAAGUGCUUCCCCCUCAUCCAAACACCCCCUUAUAUCUUACGUCAUCAUUUCACUUUACCAAAUUAGUAUUCUUAUCCUACGCACCCCAACCCUCCCGCUCACUUUAGCGCCUUCUCCCGCCACGGCGCAUUCUAGUAGCUGCUUUUGAGACGCCUCUACACGUGUCUUCCCCUCAUCCACCCACGUCAUCGCAAUGUCUUCUUCUUUCUCCUGUCCCCGGCUACCUUUAGCUUAAGCUCAGCUCAGCUUGCUUUAUCUCUCUCUCUCUCUCUCUCUACCUCCAAAUUCUAGGGUUUCUACUUCUCUCUUCCCUAUCUUGUUCGCUUGGCUACUACUGAGCUAGACCGUACUACGACAACCAGAUGGGGUCGAUCCCCGAUCCCGGCGAGUUGACAGAGUUGACACCGCCGAGCUUCGACGAGUUCCAGAGGCAGACCUCUCUCAUGACCAGCUGUACUCUACUGUGGAAGGAGCUCUCGGACCACUUCACGUCCUUGGAGCAGAAUUUACUGAAGAAAUCUGAGGCCAUCAAGCGCAAAAUUCAAAACCUAGAGCAGGAGACCAAGGAGUCACUCGACGAGCUCGAACAGCGGGAGGUCACAAUCAUGGAGAGCGUAGAGAUCGCGGUCGGAAAGGUCGAGAAGAGCAAGGAGGCCGCGCUCAAGGUCUUGAAGAGAGGUCGCUCCGACGACGACGAUGGAGAGGUGGACGACAACGAGGGAUUGCUGAUGAAUCUCAAGUCCUUGUGCUUGAAGAUGGAUACUGGACGGUUCUGGAGGUUCGUGACGGCGAGGAAGAAGGAAUUGGAGGCUCUGAGGUCACAAAUGCCUCUGGCUUUGGCUGAUUGUGUUGAUCCGGCGAAGUUCGUGCUCGAGGCGAUAUCGGAGGUGUUUCCGGUGGACAAGAGAGUUGACAAGAGCGAGAGGGGUAACGAUUUGGGCUGGGCUUGCGUUCUGGUUCUGGAGUCUCUGAUUCCGGUGGUGGUCGACCCGAAGAUCGGAAAAUCAAGGCUUCUGGUGACGCCGACCGUGAAGGAACGUGCCAAGGAGAUCGCCGAGACUUGGAAGGCCAGUUUGGAAGAGCGAGGUGGCAUUGAGAACGUGAAGACUCCUGAUGUUCACACGUUCCUGCAGCAUUUGGUGACUUUUGGGAUUGUGAAGGAGGAGGAUGUUGAUUUGUACAGAAAACUUGUGGUUGGGUCGGCCUGGCGCAAGCAGAUGCCUAAGCUGGCCGUUUCGCUUGGCCUCGCCAAGAAAAUGCCGGAUAUGAUUGAAGAAUUAAUCAGCAGGGGACAACAGCUUGAUGCGGUACAUUUCACUUAUGAAGUUGGACUUGUGCACAAGUUUCCUCCUGUUCCUCUGCUGAAAGCUUUUCUGAAAGAUGCUAAGAAAGCUGCAGCUUCUAUUAUGGAAGAUCCCAAUAAUGCUGGUCGAGCUGCGAACCUAGCUGGACGCAAAGAGCAGUCAGCACUCCGAGCUGUCAUCAAGUGUAUUGAAGAUUACAAACUUGAGGCAGAAUUUCCUCCAGAAAACCUCAAGAAGCGCCUUGAGCAGCUAGAGAAGGUGAAACCAGAGAAGAAAAGGCCAGCUGCAGUCCCUGCCAACAAACGAACACGAGCCAACAAUGGAGGUCCCAUGCCUCCAGCCAAGGCUGGACGCUUGACGAAUGCAUCACCGUACCAUUCCCCCCCCACCAUGUAUGGCAGCAGAAGCCCACCAACCAAUCCUUAUGCGUACUCCCCUGAAGCCGCCCCUCCACUUGCCGGAUCAUAUCCUGGAGCUCCCAUGAACUAUCCUGCAUACGGGGGUUAUGGCAAUGGUAUGGUACCAGCUUAUCAGCAGGCUUACUACCGAUAGAUAAUGACAGACUCUUGUGAAGAUGGUAACCACUGAUAUGAUGACUCAUCCCCAAAUCUCAUCCUCUUUUUAUAAUGGCUUGUUUGUAAUCACUAACCGUUUAAUGGUAGCGAUGUCUGUGUGUGUUAAUCAUAAUAUUUUUCUCAUGCUUCUUGCCAUCUCAUGGCGUGAAGCUGUAUUUCUAAUGUUGAUCAAACUCUAGUAGUACUAGGUGAUUGUGAAAAGUUGUUAGGAUGACUGAAAAACAUCAACGCAAGGUACCACUCUACUGUUAUUCAGUUUAGUUGUAGGACUGUUACUCUUCUCUA